AUGUUCUCGGAUUUCGAAUCAGAGUCGGAGUUCAGCAAUUCAGAGUCUGAAGAUGCCUGCAAUAUCUACGACAAAGCACCCUUGAAUUGCCCAGCCCAAGACAUUAUUGACGAAGAAAUUGCUGCACAUGAGGCCGAACUUCGCGAACUGCGUGGCCGUAGAAACAUAUAUAGCCCUAUCUCAAAACUACCCAGCGAGAUUCUUGCCAAAAUCUUCGUCCUAGUAAGAUGGACAGACAACUCUCUUAGUGUUGGCGGCAUCUGCCAUACCUGGCGCGAAGUCCUUGUCGACACAAGCGAAGCAUGGAACAAAAUCAACCUAUCCAAAAUCGAUUCUCUCGACCAUGCCGUCACAAUGCUAGAACGCACGAAACAAGCGCCGCUAUAUAUCGAAUGUCUGCAAGCUCCUAACCUCGAGGCUCUGCAUCUUACGAUAUCGCAGAUUUCGAGAAUCCGAUGUUUAGACAUUAGUAUGCGUGACCUUGGAGAUUCUCUGGCAACUAUCGCUAGCGUUGGCUCAGAGAUGAAGAAGAAAUCUCUUCCGAAUCUGCAGCGGCUAGCACUGCGAGGAGAGACAGGGCCAGGUAUUGGCACUGUGGCUGUUUUUGAAGGCGUAUUCAGCAUGGAUAUGCCGAGCCUUCAGACCCUCGAACUCCACAGCAUAUCGCUCCAACCCGUACAAUUCUUGCCAGUGUUCCCUCUUCUUCGGAAACUCCGGAUCAUCAAACCGAACACAUUCCUUUCAUCGUCCAAAGUUCUGAUGGUUCUCCGUUGUACUCCGGCCCUGCGGGAACUUGAAAUGUGGAGUUCCUCUCCCCUAGCUCCCGAAGAAGGGCACAAUCAAGUCGAACGUGCAUCUGUCGCUCUCCCCCACCUCUCAUCGCUUUCUCUCCGGUCCAUCGACCUCGUCGACGUGGCAGGCCUAAUUCAGAGGAUUCAAUACCCUGCUUCGACGUGUGUGCGGCUCCGAUCUGUCCAUGGUCCAUAUGAUACGGAUCACAUCAAGAUACUAUCUGCUAUUCUCUCACACUUUGCACAAAGCGCGUCGGCGGCGUUGGCCGAUGGCAUGUGGCUAUUGGAUUCAUCUAGGCUCCCUGGGUUCCGACUGGGAGUGUCGCUCUACUUGACAUACAUUGCGAAAACAGAGCGAGGGGUAUAG